CAUUGCUGUAGCCGCCCACAGUCAUAUUGUCUGUCAUCGGAGAAGAGCGUCUUGAAGUGCGGGCACAUGCCGAUGUGCUGAUCACAGUGAAACUCGAGCCUACUCGCCAAGCCGUUCCGAGUAAGGGACAUCUCGAAGCCUUCCAGCCUCCACCAUCCCUCUCAACACAAUCAAAUCAGUUGCACAGUCGCUGGACGCUGUACUUCUCCAAGCGAUCCUCGACCCGAACACGUCGAACACCGCAGGACCGCAAUGUUCACCUGAAGCGCCCAUCAUGUCGUCUCCGGCUUCGUCGAAGACUCCCGAGCACGCGCCCCGGCCCGCCGCCUCGAAUGCCUCCCACAUCCGGCGCAGCUUCACGCUCCCCGCGCGCGUCACGGCAAGGCCUGCACCAGCGCCGGCUUCCACAAACAGUGCAGAUGGCAUCGAAACGCUGUUCAUCUGCUCAAGCUCCAAGAUCGUCUCCUUCACCGCCACGAGUCCCUCGAAGCGCCAGUCGCCCACUCGCGCGACACGCCACCAGGACGGGCCAUCGACUUCUUCGAUAGCAUGGACGUCGCCCACAGAGCGCACCCUAGCUGUUGGUGUCCUACGCAUCUAUCGCGUGACUGCAUCCAAUGUCUCAUUCCUGAACUCAGGCAAUCUCCUCCAUACCAUCUUCCCAAGAUCACAAUGCUGGUGCGUCGACAACCAGUCCGUGUUUGUGCUCAGGAUCCGCCAGGACUCUUACUACCGCAUGGAGCUGCCAUAUGAGACGGAAGAGGAUAAAGACAAGAUCACACAGUUCAAGUUAGCACUAGGCCGGGUGCUCCAGUACGAGAAGACACAAUGUCCGUUUAUGCGAGGCUUCGAAGUCGAAGAGCCUGAGCGUCCCAAGACUCCGCCACGCCGGCGCCUGAGAAAACAACCCACGCCGAAAGUGAAGAAGUGGGUGUUUGACAAGGCGUGGGCACCAGAGAAUGGUCCGAGGCCUUCUACUCCUAUACUAGAAGGUUCAGACUGUGGUACUACUUCUUCGUACGAAGACGAUGAUCGGUCGAGCAUCUAUACUGAAAGCAGCGAAGUAGACACCGAACCACCCGAGACUGUCUUAUAUUCGACGCCUCUGAAGCCGACCCUACGUCGGCCAUCGGUAGCAGAACGGGCGAGUGUCUUCCAAAGCCUAUGGCCGGCUACGACGCCAACAGGAAGAGAUCGCGGUGCAUCUAUGUCUGCUAUGGGGCGUAUACCUGAGUCGCUGCCCGAGAAAGCGAUGCCUAGCGACAUGAAGAAACCAGUCUUUGAACGCCACGUCUCCGAUGCCACCAGUCUGCUAUCAAGUGCAGACUCAUUCUACUCUCUAGGUACACCCACCCCUUCCCCACCUUUCGUGGAUGCCGAAGCCGAUCUGCUCAACCCGUGGGCGGCAAAUUCUCUGAAUCAGCAGGAUGAGGGGAGAGGGCGUUCGUUACAUCGCCGUCAAAUCUCAGAAGUCACCGUACGAGCAUGUUCAGCCGAUCACACUAAUCCGUCCGUUCCUGUCACGCCUACAAUUCCUCUCCAUCCUACCACAACACCAACAAUCGAUGUGCGCCCAUCAUCGGCACCAUCGACACCUCCUCUAGUCAGCGAUUCCGACGAUGAUAGCAUCGAGCUUCCAAGCCUAGAUGUACCUACACCUCCGGACGCCAUUCGCAUGAAGCGGCUCACAGGAGCUUCACAAAGGCGAGCAUUCUCCCCCAUGCCGCACGCGCAGAAUCUAUUCUGUCCACCCAGACGCAACCAUGGGCAAAACUUCACAAACGCUUUGGUCCGCAAGACUAGUGAGCUUGUGCUUGGACCGCCAGCAUAUCUAGUCUCGCUUAUGCUACGCAUUGCCCAAAGCAUCUCGAAUGGCUUUGGUUUUAGUACAUAUCAUGUGCGACGCACCGAAAAGAUCCCUUGCUCGUGGGAGUCCGACGACGAAGCCGGAUGGCAUGAAGAAGAUGAUUUUGGUAUCCCACUUGGGAACAUUAGAGGUGGAGCUACGCAGAGACGAGCCUUUUCAGGCGAAUUAGAUUGAUUUUCAGCAACCAAGACGGAUGUUUUGGGGAACGAACUACUUGCAUACUCCGUGGAUGAUACCAGGCGUUUUAUUACGUUUACAUGUUUGCAUUUACAAGGAUAGGAAAGCGUGAUUUGAUUUUGGUAUUCAGUUGCUGCAUCUGUAGGAUGAUAUUGGCGUUUUCUGGAGGGACUCGAAGUUAUGAAAUAUUCACCUAACGUCACAUUUAAUCGCUACGAAUUAGCUUAGUACUAUACACAACAGUCCUUACGAACGUAACAAGAGCAAGAAUAUAAAACCUAUAAAUUCAAAUCCCCUAAACAAAGCUAAGAAUAUAACUAUCCAACGUUCGUAAGGCAUAAUCUGUAGCAAUGGUGAGGCAGUUGUAUAUGAUACAGACUGUGUAUAAAGAUUGUAUAAUUGGCAACAAGAUCGAU